AUGGAAGAGUCCCACGAUGGGCAGUGUAGAGUCGUCUACUACUGCCCGGGUCUUGACCCGCCUCUGUCAGAGCUUUACAAUGCCACAGCGCCUCCGAUAGCGUCGUCUGGCGAUGAACUUCCUCGGCCGCCUUCAGAACACGUCUACAGCAACGUGCGCCGCCUGUUGGACCACGAUCAGGGCAGUUUUGCUCAAGGUGAGACAGGCCGACUGUCUCGGAGCUCCACAGCCGUCCUUGUCGAGUCCAAAAUUGCUGUCGCGGAUGCUCUAUCAACAGAUGUAUGGACAUUUCUUCGCACGCUGGUAACAGACUGUCAAUCAGGUCGCUAUCAAAGGCACGUGAUGCCAUUUGUACUUGUUGCCUCGGAUUCCUCUUCAGAUUCGGGAGAAGUGCAGGAGUCGAGCUAUUCCGAAGCUGGUGCGCUUGAUACGAUACGCAGUCCACUCGAUUCUCACUCUAUCGAUCGGCUGAUAGGUCGCGUGAAGGACUUCACUCGCCCAUCAGCAAGAAAUCUUGGCUCAAGCAUGGCAAGCACAUUAGUCGCUCACAUUGCGAACAUCACCACGCCAAAGCUAGCAUCUCAUCGUCCUGAUGAGAUUCUGUCAGCACCACGAAAGGCUGCAAUUGAGGCAGCAGUCGCCCAAUGGCAUUUUCCCGCACAUGAAUUUGAUAUGGAUGAGCUAACAUACGCCGCGCUGGCCAUGCUCGAACACAUCCUGCGUGCACCAGCAAGAGAGUACAGGCACGAAAGGGAGGUGCAUUAUCAUAACUGGCGUCAUGCGGUCGAUGUCACUCAAUCGCUUUACGUUUUUCUCUGCGAUGUGCGGCUCUGCCCGCCGUCUGCUUCGACACCCGUCAAGGCGACUCAGGAGCCUAACGCUGUGGAACGACUUCUCUCACCCGUUGAAGCUCUCGUCCUCCUGGUCUCAGCGAUUGGUCACGAUGUAGGCCAUCCGGGUGUCAAUAAUGCGUUUCUCGUGGCCAGCGAUCACUCCUUGGCCCGACUGUAUAACGACAAAUCUGUUCUUGAAAAUUACCACUGUGCUGCGUAUUCGCAACUCCUCAGGAGACAUUGGCCGGUGGUGAGCAGCAUCGCAAAUUUCAGAUCGACAAUGAUAUCCACCAUACUGGCUACCGAUAUGCAGCGACACUUUGAGUACAUGGGAUAUUUGAGCGAUCUCAAGGCGAAAGUCGAGAAGAGUGAGCCGGAACUGGCAGACUGGAGUGAAAAGGACAAGUCACAAACCCGCGAGCUCAUAAUGGCCCUUUUGCUGAAGGCUGCUGAUAUAUCCAACGUGGCACGACCGUUCGACAUAUCCGCCGAAUGGGCGAAGACGCUCAUGAACGAGUUCGCACGGCAAGGGGAGCUUGAAGCUGAGCUGCAGAUCCCGACAUGCCUUUUCGGUGGCCCUCCUGACAAGUCAGACCGGCUUGCCGCGGCACAGAGUCAGAAGGGCUUCAUGAAUCUCUUCGGGUUUCCGCUAUUUCGUGGUAUCUCGGAAAUGAUGCCCAAUGUCUCCUGCACGCUUCCCGAGCUUGAGAACAAUAAAGAUGUAUGGGAACAGAAGAUUGUUGACGAAAAGGCGCGCCGUGAUCACGAAGGACUUUCACCAACAGCAGGCGGGUCUAGUAGACGGUCGAGUAAAGACGUUGCAUUGACGCAGCUGCAGGAAUUAAGCCACUACGCUCAACAGAAUCUGGCUCCUGCUGGGUCGAGACGAAGUUCGGCAGAUGCAGGUUGGCAGAUCCACCAGAACUACCCUGGAUCCCGACGCGGUAGCAAAGAGGAGAGCCUCACGACAAUUUUGGUUACUAGCCAAGGCAGUCCGGCUAAUCGAAGCUCUCCAUCUUCGUCGCAGACGAAACUCACGAAGCCAGGAUCACCGAGCAAGAGCAUUAGUAUUGCGAAGCGACACAGCUUACGCCGGGCUACAGCACGGCCCGUUCUCGUUGGCGCCAGCUGCGAGAUCAGAUCCGUUCAUCGCCACAGGUAG